CGCGGCUGCAGCUCCGCGCAGGGCUCCGCGCAGCGCAGCGCAGCGGGCCGCGGAUGCGGAGAGCCGAGCGGCCGAGCCGCCGCUAUGGGCCCCCGAGCCCCAGGCCCUGAACCGCGCAGCGCGGAACACAACCGCGCAACUUGCGCCGUGGCCAUGUCCGGAGGGAAGAGCCCGGCCCCGGCCCCAGGGACUCGCCGCUUCGUCUCUGUUGGUGUCCCAAUUAAUGGAUUCUGACAUGGAUUAUGAGAGGCCAAACGUAGAAACCAUCAAGUGUGUCGUGGUUGGGGACAACGCAGUGGGCAAGACUCGGCUCAUCUGUGCCCGCGCCUGCAACGCCACCCUGACCCAGUACCAGCUGCUGGCCACCCACGUGCCCACGGUGUGGGCCAUCGACCAGUACCGCGUCUGCCAGGAGGUGCUGGAGCGCUCCCGGGAUGUGGUAGAUGAUGUUAGUGUGUCCCUGCGCCUCUGGGACACCUUUGGGGACCACCACAAGGACAGACGCUUCGCCUAUGGCAGGUCUGACGUGGUGGUUCUGUGCUUCUCCAUUGCCAACCCCAACUCCCUGCACCACGUGAAGACCAUGUGGUACCCAGAGAUCAAACACUUCUGCCCCCGUGCCCCUGUCAUCCUGGUGGGCUGCCAGCUCGACCUCCGCUACGCCGACCUGGAGGCCGUCAACCGGGCACGGAGACCCUUGGCCAGGCCGAUCAAACCGAACGAGAUCCUUCCCCCGGAGAAGGGGAGGGAGGUGGCCAAGGAGCUGGGCAUCCCCUACUACGAGACGAGCGUGGUGGCCCAGUUCGGCAUCAAGGACGUCUUCGACAACGCCAUCCGUGCCGCCCUCAUCUCCCGCCGGCACCUGCAGUUCUGGAAGUCUCACCUCCGCAACGUGCAGAGACCUCUCCUCCAAGCCCCCUUCCUGCCUCCCAGGCCCCCUCCGCCCAUCAUCAUCGUCCCUGACCCCCCCUCCAACAACGAGGAGCGCCCGGCUCACCUCUUGGAGGACCCCCUGUGCGCGGACGUCAUCCUGGUGCUGCAAGAGAAGAUCAAAAUCUACGCACACAAGAUCUACCUCUCCACCUCCUCCUCCAAGUUUUACGACCUGUUCCUCAUGGACCUGAGCGAGGAGGACCAGCAGGGCGCCGCGGGGCAGGGCUUGGGGGCGGCGGGCGGCGAGCGGGGAGCGCCGCACCCGGAGGAGAGGCACCACGGGAGGGAUUUCCUCCUCCGAGCUGCCAGCUUUGAUAUCUGCGAGAGCACCGAGGAGGCCGGGUCCGGCCAGCGAAAACCGUGCCUUAGAGCCUCCACCAGCGACGGCAUCCUGCGCGGCGAGCGCUACGGGCAGGGGCAGCGGCGGGGCAGGGACCUCUCCUCCUGGAGCCGAGCGUUCGCCAGCAUCCAGGAGGAGCUGGCCGAGGAUCCCUUAACUUACAAGCCCAAACCCAUGGUGGUGGUGAAGAUGGAGGCUUCCAUCCAGCCGGGGCCCUUCCGGGCCGUGCUGAAGUACCUGUACACGGGGGAGCUGGACGAGAAGGAGAGGGACCUGAUGCACAUCGCUCACAUCGCCGAGCUGCUGGAGGUCUUCGACCUGCGCAUGAUGGUGGCAAACAUCCUCAACAAUGAGGCGUUCAUGAACCAGGAGAUCACCAAAGCCUUCCACGUCCGGAGGACCAACAGGGUGAAGGAAUGCCUGGCCAAGGGGACGUUCUCAGAUGUCACCUUCGUGCUGGAUGAUGGUGCUAUCAGUGCCCACAAGCCCCUGCUCAUCUCCAGCUGUGACUGGAUGGCUGCAAUGUUCGGUGGCCCCUUUGUGGAGAGCUCCACCAACGAGGUGGCCCUUCCUUACACCAGCAAGAGCUGCAUGAGGGCAGUGCUGGAGUACCUCUACACUGGGCAGUUCAGCUCCAGCCCCGACCUGGACGAUAUGAAGCUCAUCAUCCUCGCCAACCGCCUCUGCCUGCCACACCUGGUGGCUCUCACUGAGCAGUACACAGUGACUGGGCUGAUGGAGGCGGCGCAGAUGAUGGUGGACAUCGAUGGGGACGUGCUCCUGUUCCUGGAGCUGGCUCAGUUCCACUGCGCCUACCAGCUGGCGGAUUGGUGCCUGCACCACAUCUGCACCAACUACAACAACGUCUGCCGCAAGUUCCCCCGCGACAUGAAGGCUAUGUCGGGAGAGAACCAGGAGUACUUCGAGAAGCAUCGCUGGCCGCCGGUGUGGUACCUGAAGGAGGAGGACCACUACCAGCGGGCGAAGAAGGAGCGGGAGAAGGAAGACUACCUCCACCUCAAGCGGCAGCCCAAGCGGCGCUGGCUCUUCUGGAACGCCUCCUCCUCCCCUUCUUCCUCUCCUUCGUCGUCGGCAGCCACAGCCUCCUCUUCUUCCUCCUCUUCCUCCUCCUCGGCUGUGGUUUGAAAGCUCAUCCUUGCCCUGGCUCCAGCAUCCCUGGGAGGAGACGGGGAGGGAGGAGGAGGAGGAGGAGGAGGAAGGGGUGGGGUGACCUGCCCCAGCGCCAGGUGUAGAGUGAAUGCCACCGGCCCGAAGCCCCAGAGGAAGAUGAUGGUGGCAGCAGGGGCUUGUCCCUGCAGAGGAGCUCGGGGCCAAGUUGCCAGCCCCUGGCACUGCUUUCCCCACGCCGUGGGCUGCCAGCAGAGACCAAGGAGCAGGAGAAACUCAGCGUUUACAGGAGGAGCUUUUCUGUUUGCCUGGGUCGUGUUCCAACGUCAGCAGCAUGAGGAAGAGGAAGGAGAAGAAGAAGAAAGAAACCCAUCCCACUUCCACUUGAGUUCCUGACCAGAGGCCCUGGGCUGUGGUCGGUUUGCCUGGUGGCAUUUUGCCACUCUGGGCAACCAGAGAUGCUCUGGGGGGGUCCUGCCACCCCCUUCAACUUGCAGCAGGGUCAGGGCAGGAUGCAGGGGACUCAGCCCAGUCCUCAACUGCCUCCAGGCACUGCAGCUUCCUUCCUUCUACUCACAAGUUGGGGGCUGCCCUAGUUGGGGGAGCAGGGGGUGGGGCAGGAGCCUUCUCCUCCCUUGCCUCCUAACUUCAUUUUUGUUUAAAGAGGAAACCUACAGCAAAAAAAAAAGAAGCCCCAACCAAAACCCCCAACACAACCAAACCACCAAGUCCCAGUCCCCACCUCAGACCCUUUCCCCCCAGCCCUGCUACACCAGAAACCAAGCCCAGGCCCUCACCCUGGGCUUUUAAACCUGCAAGGCUCCACUGUAAUAAAUGGUGUUGUAAAAGCCCAGCCUGGUCCCUGUGUGUUUGGGAGGAAGCAGCUGGGCACGGGGGCAGCCUUGUGCCCUGCUUGGGGUGACAGCAGCACCCCCCCUCCUUCCCCACUCACCCAGCACUCCUGAGCUGGACAGGGACAGUGGAGCAGCUUUGCAGGAGCCAUCCAUCAAAACCCCUACCUUGGACCCCCAGAGGUUGGCUCUGCUCUCAGACUGACUUUGCAUGUCCCACCUGUGUCCCAGGGAGCAGGAGAAGUGCAACUUGGCCACCCAGGGCUUUGGGAUGCUACCAGGCAGGGCAGGGGAGCAGGAGGAACCCAAACUUCCCUCUGCUCACCCUCUCCAGCCUUGAAAGGAGAAGCUCCUUCGAGCCCAGCCCUGGCAAAGAGGCUGCUGCUGGCUGGAGCCUGUAGGGCUGCCUCUGGCUGGGAUGCUUCUGGUAGUGUCCCCUCCAAACGCUCCUCGUCCUGGCUGGCCUCGCAGGGCGCCUUGGGGUCGCUGUUUUCGCAUGCUCAGCCUCGGAUGCAGGCAGCUCCAAGGAGCUCACUCAGUGCAAGGUAGGACAACCACUUCCUUCCUCUUUCAAACCCAGGAGCUCGCUGCUGCUUCCGAGCCCCUUUCUGCCUUCCCCAGCCCGGGGUCCUGAGCCCCUGUGGCCCAGCACCAAGCCCUGCAUGUGUCUGGCUCUCUGCAGGAGCUCCCUGCCCAGGUUUGCAUGCUGGGGGGGGACACACAGGGGCUGGGGGACAUGAAACCUCCUGGCAGCUGACACCAUCAGCUCCUGCUUUUAGCACUUGCCCCAGCCCUGCCUCACUGCUGAGCCCCAGCACAGGGUGGGGGGUAAAGGGGGCAGCUCCUUGAGGCUUCCUGGGGUCCAGCAGAGCCCUUCUCACUCAGCACUGCAUGGGUUUGUAACGCAGCUACUGCAGCACACAGAGCCCUGGCUGGCUGCAGGGGGGAAUGGGGAGCACCACAGACACCCCCCCCCUGCUCCCCCCCCCCAACCUUUGGGCAGCAGCAGCUCCAGGGUGGGAGGUGUGAGUGUGGGGUGGGGGAAUUCAGCCUGGCCUUGGGCCCUGCAUGCUGCAGGGUUGAGAUUUCAGCCUCCUGCUUUUGCAGGGCUCACAGGUGUGGGGGUGAAAAGCAGAGCCCAGGGUUGCUGCUGAGGAUUUGACUGCUCCCCCCCCCCCAACCUAGCAAGGGACCUCGAUGCCACUCAAGAGCAGCUACUGAACAUCUUGGUCCAGCUUCUUUGGUGCCCACUGAAAAGCUUGGCCAGCUUCGUGGUUAGGGGCAGAAGAAAGAGGUUGAGGGAGGGGGAAACAAAAACUCAAACAAAGAGAAUUCAGGAGGAUUCUUUUUUUUUUUAAACAAGUUUAUUCUUCCUUCAUAAAAAGAGAUGCUAAAAAAAAAGAGAAGAAACCCAUAAAAAACACUGGGGAGUAAAACUGGCUGGGCCAGAGCUGUCUCUUCUAAACCCACCCUCAUGCAGAGUAAAAAACAAAGCCAAACAGAACCAAAAUCCCUAUUUUUAUAUUAGCUUAAGUUAAAAACCUGUACAAGUUUACAGUUGCUAAAUAAAUACAUAAAUACAA